AUGCUAUCUCAUACGGUCGGAGGAAUCACUCAAACUGAGCAUCUUUCCCAGAUGGACAUGGAAGAAGCCGCCAUAAUCGACUGGGACGGUCCAUACGAUCCCGCUCGCCCCAUCAACUGGUCCAAACAGAAGAAAUGGCGGAACAUCUUUAGUAUCGCCUUUCUCACUUUCCUUACUCCCCUUACUUCGUCCAUCGUGGCGCCAGCCGUGCAUCUGAUGAUGGAAACGUUUCACUCAACCAACAAAGAGCUAGGGUCGUUCGUGGUCUCUAUCUACCUGGUCGGAUUCGCCAUCGGACCGUUGGUUCUUGCGCCUCUUUCUGAGAUCUACGGCCGGUUGCGUGUCUACCAGAUCUCGACGGCUGUCUUCAUCAUCUGGAACGUCGCUUGUGCGCUGGCUCCGAACCUGGGGGCUCUGCUGGUCUUCCGCCUGUGUGCAGGGAUUUCAGGGAGCCCGUCAGGUCAGCCCCAAGCAGAACAUGAUUCAAGCGAUCGUCCGGCCGUUGAAACUCCUUGCGUCGUGUUCGGAUAUCUCUACUUACUCUUCACUACGAUCCCCGCCGUAUACCGCGAUGUGAUUCUACUCCGUCUCACUGCGAGGAACAAUGGGACGUCCGAGCCUGAGUUUCGACUUCCCCCGCUGAUUCCCGGAAGUCUGUUGCUUCCCAUCGGCUUCUUCUGGUAUGGAUGGUCCGCCGACAAGCAUCUGCAUUGGAUGAUGCCGGUUGUCGGUAUUGGCUGGAUAGGCUGCGGGAUGACCGCGACAAUUCUCCCCAUUCAGGCGUACUUGAUAGAUGCAUACCGUGAGUAUGCAGCUUCAGCUAUAGCAGCGAUCACAGUUUUUCGGUCCUUGGUUGGCGCCUUUUUACCUCUGGCAGGACCGGCCAUGUAUGCCUCGUUGGGCCUGGGAUGGGGAAAUUCCGUACUGGGGUUCAUUGGUCUGGGAUUGCUUCCUGUGCCUGCGAUUUUCUAUCUCUAUGGCAAAGCCAUUCGAACGAGUCCACGGUUUAGAGUUUCUCUUUGA